AUUGUAGAAGCGAACCUUUCAUUCAAUCAGCUAUUUUUUUUGCAUAUUUAAGUGACUCUGAGUGGAUAUAUUAAAUACCCAUUACCCAAUUGGCCACCUGAAUUUGUGAUAAAGUCUGUCGAAUAAUUAACCUUUGGUACGAAACUAGAAAAAAAUACGAAAAAUGCUUUCUGAUAAAGAAUUGUUCGAAUUGAACAAGAAGGCGGUGACCGAAGGGUUCAAGAUUAAGCCAAGAAUCAACUAUAAUACCGUUGGUGGUGUUAAUGGUCCUUUGGUUAUCUUGGACAAUGUCAAAUUCCCUAGAUUUAAUGAAAUUGUUAACUUGACGUUACCCGACGGUUCAACCAGAGCUGGUCAAGUUUUGGAAGUCAGAGGAAGUAAGGCUAUUGUUCAAGUCUUCGAAGGUACCUCUGGUAUUGAUGUGAAGAAGACCCGUGUCGAAUUCACUGGUCAAAACUUGAAGAUUGCUGUCUCUGAAGACAUGUUGGGUCGUAUCUUUGAUGGUUCUGGUAGACCAAUUGACAAGGGUCCUAAGAUUUUCGCUGAAGACUACUUGGACAUUAACGGUUCUCCAAUUAACCCUUAUGCUCGUAUUUACCCAGAAGAAAUGAUUUCUACUGGUAUUUCUGCUAUUGACACUAUGAACUCUAUUGCUAGAGGUCAAAAGAUUCCUAUUUUCUCUGCUUCUGGUUUGCCUCAUAAUGAGAUUGCCGCUCAAGUUUGUAGACAAGCUGGUUUGGUGCGUCCAACUAAGGAUGUUCAUGAUGGACAUGAAGAAAAUUUCUCCAUCGUUUUCGCUGCUAUGGGUGUCAACUUGGAAACUUCGAGAUUUUUCAAGCAAGAUUUCGAAGAAAAUGGAUCUUUGGAAAGAACUGCCUUGUUCUUGAACUUGGCUAACGAUCCUACCAUUGAAAGAAUUAUUACUCCUCGUUUGGCUUUGACCACUGCCGAAUACUUGGCCUACCAAACCGAAAGACAUGUGUUGACCAUUUUAACUGAUAUGUCUUCUUAUGCAGAUGCUUUGAGAGAAGUGUCGGCUGCUAGAGAAGAAGUUCCAGGUAGAAGAGGUUACCCAGGUUACAUGUACACUGAUUUGUCCACUAUUUAUGAAAGAGCUGGUAGAGUUGAAGGUCGUAACGGUUCCAUUACUCAAAUUCCAAUUUUGACCAUGCCUAACGAUGAUAUCACUCAUCCUAUUCCAGAUUUGACUGGUUAUAUUACCGAAGGUCAAAUUUCCGUUGAUCGUCAAUUACACAACAGAGGUAUUUAUCCACCAAUCAAUGUUUUGCCAUCUUUGUCUCGUUUGAUGAAGAGUGCCAUUGGUGAAGGUAUGACCCGUAAGGAUCAUGGUGAUGUUUCUAACCAGUUGUAUGCCAAGUAUGCUAUUGGUAGAGAUGCCGCUGCCAUGAAGGCUGUUGUUGGUGAAGAAGCCUUGUCAACUGAAGACAAGUUAUCGUUGGAAUUCUUGGAAAAGUUCGAAAAGAACUUCAUUUCCCAAGGUGCAUACGAAAACAGAACUGUUUUUGAAUCUUUGGAUCAAGCAUGGUCUUUGUUGAGAAUUUACCCUAAGGAAUUAUUGAACAGAAUCAGUCCAAAGAUUUUGAACGAAUUCUACGAUAGAGCAAGAGAACAGGAUGACGAUGAAGAUGAAGAAGAUGCUGACAAGUCAAACGACAAAGAUGACAACUUAAUCGACGCUUAGAUAGAAUAACCUUGUUCGAGACAAAGGCGCAAGUUUCCCUUCAAAAAAAUUUAUUUCUCUAUAUAAAUCGACGUAGAUCGGUAUUGAAUAUAAUUAUACAGUAACUGUAAUAAUACGCAGAGUAGAUAUUUAGUAGGCGAGAACUGCAACUUGAUCACAAUAACCAAAGCAAGUAGUAGCCCCCGCAUACUCCCGUCAAUUCAUUACUGUAUAUUUUAAAAGUCUUUUUAAUAUAUAUUAAAAUUAUGUCUAUAAUACACGAAGUAUAGUCUC